AUGCACUCUACCGAUGUGUUCAUAAGCCAUGCUGGCCCGGACAAGCUACACAUCGCACGUCCCCUUUUCGAGAAAUUGCAAGCUCAUGGUUUAAAUUGCUUCCUCGACAAAAUCUCGAUGGAGCCCGGGGACUGCGGAGGGGAUGAAAUGACAAAGGCUAUGGAGUCUGCGAAGGUCGGUGUUUUCAUACUUUCUCCCGAGUUUGCGGCUCGAAAGUGGACGAUGAGGGAACUGCGUUGCUUCCUACGCCGACGGAGUGAGGCGAUAGGGAGUGGGAUGCGACCACCGACAUUGAUUCCAGUGUUUUACAGACUAAAUAUUCGUGAAUGCAGAGAGUUGGAGCCCAAUCGGUAUUGGGAUGGUGAAGGAAAGAAUAUUUUUGAAGUUGAGAAGUUUUUUAGCGAGGAACGACAGUGCGAAGCGAGCACGGAUACGGUGAAGGGGGAGCUACAAGAGCUGGCAGGUAUCACUGGGAUUGAAAAUGACGAAAGGGCAACAAACCUGCCGGGAGAUGCAUUCGGCCAUCUUGCAAGGGCAAAUCUUGUGGAGCGAGUGUUUCUGUGGGUGAAAAAGAAAAGUGAGGAGGACUCAAGUGAUGAAGUGAGAGAAGUUUUGAAUGCAAGUGGAUGUACGCAUGAUGUGUUCAGGCCCUGUAUACUCGCAGAGCACAAUCCCGAAGAAAUAUAUUUGCAACUGAAUUCUCGGGGGAUCGAUGGAUCACCGAAUACGUGUGAGGCGCGGCUAAAGGAGGCCGUGCUAAGUACCGAUAGGAAUACAAGUAUAGGAGCGACGGCAACGGGGAAGGGCGGAGUCGGGAAGACAUGCGCUCUUCGAGCGAUUGCGCACGACGAUGACAUCAAGGCUCAGUUUUCAGGCGGAGUGUACUUCAUGUCUUUGGGGAAAGACGCCAACGUAGGGCGGCUGAUUGAGCAACUGUGUAUGGCCAUAAAGGCGUCUGGUGGCAAGCAGGUGGCUGCAGAAAUGCGAGAGCAAAGCGAGUUGAGCAGGGUACUGACAGAGAUGCGAGCAUGGUUCAACACACGUGUAUGCCUGUUCAUUAUUGAUGAUGUGUGGGCCGUGAAUGGUAUAGAUGCGUGUAUUCUUCAGAAGUUGUCCACUCUCGCUGCCGCCACAGGAGACAUCCGAGAGAGGAGCAGACUUCUGUACUCCACGAGGGACCCAGAGCUGAAACAGGUCGGUAAGCGAGUGACUUUCGAGCCGAGGGAAAGGGAAGGGAGCGAUUCAGUUCACAUGCUCAUGCUCGCGAGCGGGGCGAACCCGGAGGAAGCGAAUGAUCCGAGGUGCAAAGAGGCCGUGAGCAAAAUCUUGAAAUUGUGUGCUGGUUUGCCGCUGGCUCUGAACGUAGCCGGGACGGGUGUCAGGUACAUGAGAGAUAGAUGGGAGGGAGAAAAGUCACAAGCGUGGGAGGCAUACCUUUCGAAGAUGAAGAGCCGCAACACGAUUCGUAGUGAGAGUCCAGGGGAUGGGUAUUUGUUGUCGUUAGACGCGACAUUACAUGCGUCACUAGAGAUUGUGGAGUCCGGCAUAGGGAGCGAUGCGGAGAGGUUAGGUAGCGUGCAAAGGAUACUCGAGGAAAUCGAGGAACACGCGCCACGACCAUGGCUGCAGCCUGUGAGUGAAUGUGUAGGGCGAGCGGGAGGAAGUUUGGUGGAGCAGAUUGUGCUUCCGAGUACCGCUCACGAAGUCGGCAUGGACUCAACGGGUGGCGUGUAUGGACACUAUUCGAACCUGGGCGAUACCAGGAUCACAGUUUUCACACAGUCUCCGGACAAGGAAACGAAGAUGACUGAAUUAGGCAACGAUUUUGAAACGGGGAGCCGAAAAUUAACGUGCGGUUGUGUCAGUAUGAGCAAACGCUAUGCAGUUAUCGGAUAUGGUGAUGGGACACUACAGUUCUGGAGUGUAUCGGAAAAGAAAAUUUUGUGGACUAUCUGCGGUCAUGAAUCGUGGGUGUGUAGCGUUGCGAUGAGUGGUGAUGGAAAACGUGCAGUAUCUGGAUCCUGGGACAGGAGCGUACGAGUUUGGGACGUGGACACAGGACUGCAAAUCGGCGACGCAUUAACUGGACACACGGGUGGGGUGUAUAGCGUUGCGAUGAGUGGUGAUGGAAAACGUGCAGUAUCUGGAUCGCACGACAAGAGCGUACGAGUUUGGGACGUGGACACAGGACUGCAAAUCGGCGACGCAUUAACUGGACACACGGGCGUGGUGUAUAGCGUUGCGAUGAGUGGUGAUGGAAAACGUGCAGUAUCUGGAUCGUACGACAAGAGCGUACGAAUUUGGGACGUGGACACAGGACUGCAAAUCGGCGACGCAUUAACUGGACACACGGAUGGGGUAGCGAGCGUUGGGAUGAGUGGUGAUGGAAAACGUGCAGUAUCUAGGUCGUCUGACGGGGGCGUACGCGUUUGGGACGUGGAGAAAGGGAGUUCAGUUCAUCUCGGAAAGUUGAAGGACUGGCGAGAUAUCGUGGAGAGAUUUCUGAAUGCAGAGGACGUCUCUCGCACUGGACAUCGGCGCAAAAGGCGCAACGUUUUUGAGAGCGGGGGGAAAAUUGUGCAUGAGCGAGAGGAUGGCUCUGAGGCUGUUUUGGUGCAGCUGGAGAGUACGGUAACCUGGUGGGAGGUAGACGAUAAUCAUGGGGUCUUUGUUGCAGCGGCCGGCAACCGGGUGGCUAUUAUGAAGCUAGUGGUCUAGGUGUGUAUAGGUCUAGGUGUGUAUAUUCUACUUCCCUUGUCCUCUCGGCCAGACACAGACGUUUCUAUUGUGCGGUACGUGGUGGCACCUGUGGUGGGGAUAGCCUGUUUGGUUUUUUUACAUGUAAAGUCUUGAGAAUUCCGGUUUAUUGACCGCGUCGUCUGGAA